GCGAUUUCGUGGCGGCCGAUGUGGCCUUCAGCGGGCGGCUUGUUAGCACUCGCGAGGCCAGUGCGUGGUUAUGUGUGUUGUGUUUUAUCAUGAUGUUGCUGUUUUAGAAUGACACUAUAUUUUUGGUCUACUUUCCGUACAUAUCGUCAUUAAACGUCACUAUGAAAGAAGCAUUAGCAAUAAUUUUCGUGUUUGUGGGUUGUUGUAGUAAUGUAGUAUUUUUGGAACUCCUGGUUAAAGAAGAUCCUAGUAGUGGACACAUCAUCACAUUUGCACAGUUCCUCUUCAUUGCUCUAGAGGGAUUCUUGGAUUAUUCCAUUUUAGUUGUCAUGUUUUUUGUUGCAAGUGUUUGCAACAAUUAUGCCUUUAACUUCAAUAUACCAAUGCCACUCCAUAUGAUAUUCAGAGCAGGAUCUUUAAUUGCCAACAUGGUUAUGGGAGUAAUUAUAUUGAAAAAGAAGUACACAUUUUCUAAAUAUUUAUCUGUGUUCAUGAUAACUCUUGGAAUUGUCAUUUGUACAAUUGUCUCUGGGAAAGAAGUAAAAUCAACACAACCUCCAGGAAAAGAAGAUGCAAGUAAUACAACUGAAUUCCAAAUAUUCUUUUGGUGGGUUGUGGGGAUCAUCUUGUUAACUGUGGCAUUAUUUGUUUCUGCCCGAAUGGGUAUAUAUCAAGAAACACUUUAUGGUCGUUAUGGAAAACAUCCCAAAGAAGCCCUGUUUUAUACUCAUCUUCUCCCUCUUCCUGGGUUUUUACUCAUUUUCAACGAUAUUUAUAGUCAUCUGUAUUCGUUUGCUGAAAGCGAAUCUGUGCCAGUUCCUGUUCUGGGCUUCUAUAUGCCCAAGUUGUAUAUAUAUGUGUGCAUUAGUUCUGUAUAUGUUUUAACCACAGAAUGCUCUUCGCUGACAGUUACACUUGUGGUGACUCUUCGAAAGUUCACUAGUUUGUUAUUUUCCAUUUUAUACUUCCAAAAUGAAUUCACUAUUCAUCAUUGGAUUGGUACACUUCUAGUCUUCACCGGAACAUUAAUAUUUACUGAAAUUAUGACCAAGAUUAAACAAUCAAUCAGUGACAAAAGAAAAGUUGAAUAACAUGGAAUUAUUCACAGUAUUUUCAGCAUUUGUAGGCCAAUUAUCACAUCGGUACUAACUUAAAUAAGUAAUUUUGUCCAUAAGGUAUUAAUGUGUGCAGCAAUAAGCCAUCGAAUUAAAAUGUAUUAUUGUUAUCAAAAGAUAUGAGUAAUGCACACCUUAGCGAUUGUAUUGUGCAUUUUGAACAGAUACCUAAGAAAAUUGUACACUUUCCUUGUUAUUCUGUUUCUUCAUUCUACUUCUUCAUUCAGUCCUUUAGUUGUGAUAAACCAAAUUUAUUGUAAUUUCAUUAUAAGAUCUCGCAUUAUUUUAGGUAUUGCUAAUCUUUAAAUUUAAAGUUUUUUGUAAAAAGUAAUGAAACCUUGUAGGUUAACAAUACUCACAUUAUUAUACAUUUGUUGCAACCUAAUGCAAAAACUAAGCAUUUAAUAUCUUUGAGACUUGCCUGAUAUACAAAAACAUGGAUCAUGUUUUUCCAUGAGUUACACCAAAGUAUUUAAUUAAUUUUUACAUUUUGAAGUGUUCUAAAAGUCACUUAGUGAUUUGUUUUUAUUGAUAAUGGAGUAGACAAAUUCAAUGUCCUAGUUGCAUGGUAGAGAGCAAGAAGUGAGAUGGGAUGAGAGGUUUUGUGAAGCACAUGCACUGUGUAAGUAUUGAUGACCCAUAUUUUUUUAGUGAGAAUGUGAGUGUAACAAUUAAAAUGCACUUAAAAGAAGUUCCUACAUUUCAGUGUUGUAUUUUAUUUGUAUUUUUUCCACCUGAAUAACCUAGUAUGUCCAUAAGGCAUUUAUUUUAACUUUUGGUUAAUACAAGUCUGUCUUUCCUAUUUAUUCAUAAUGAUACACUUCAGUUAUUUAGACAGACAUUUCGAAAAUAUUCAUUUGUUAAAUAAAAUUGUCGAUAUUUACACAUCAUCUUUGAAACUUUUACAACGUUUUGGAGCACAUUGUGACUGCAUCAUUAGGUAAAUCACUGUAAUUUACAAAAAAACAAAAAAAUGAGUCAGAGACAAGUGGUAUACAGUCAUGUUAGAGUACCAUAUGCAAUAACUAGGGAAUGGACUUUAAUGAAAUGUUUUUGUUUUUUUUUCUUUUCACUGUGGGACAAUGCUGUUUAGAAUACAAAUUAAUUUUAUGUUAUGACAAAAAUGUUACGUUAUGAAGAAAUGUUAUGCUAUUUUAUAUUAUGAACAAUUUUUAUAGGUAAUUUUUAAAAAAAUUUUUGUCGAUUUUGAAUAAUAAGUAAUUUUUUACCAUUUUAUGUAAUUUUUAAUGCACAUUUUGCUUAUUUAAUUGAUUUUAAUACCAAUUUCAUGGUACUUGCUUCAAACAAUAUUUAUGAGGUGCAACAAAUGAUCAUCACAGAAUUCCUGAGUAGCUUAUUCAAUUUC